AACGGAUGUCGUAGCUUCCUGUUUGGCUCCAUCAGUGGCGGGAGAUCGCAGCAUGGCGGUGCAACCGAAGCAGAACCAGAACCUGUCCCUGGACAGCGCGGCCGAACACGGCUUUCUGAACUUCAUAUUCUCUAUGCCGGAGAAACCGGACACAACCUUCAGGAUAUUCGACCGGAACGACUACUACACCGUCCACGGGAAAGACGCCAUAUUUGCUGCCAAGGAGGUUUUUAAGACUAACGGAGUCAUCAAGUAUCUGGGCUCAGGGAGCCGUAAGCUGGAGAGCGUGAUCCUGAGCAAGCUGAACUUCGAGGCCUUUGCGAAGGAUCUGUUGCUGGUGAAGCAGUACCGAGUGGAGGUAUACAGAAACCAAAGCAAGAGCAGCAAGGAGCACGACUGGAGGAUCGAGUACAAGGCCUCUCCAGGAAACCUGACCCAGUUCGAGGACAUUCUGUUCGGCGGAGGAAGCGGAGGCGAGGGAUGCGCGGGAGUGGUCGCCGUGCGGUUUGCGACGGGAGCCGACGGACAGCGAGUGGUCGGGGUCGGCUACGUGGACGCAGCCCAGAGGACCAUGGGGGUGUGUGAGUUUCCGGACAACGAGAUAUUCUCCAACCUGGAGUCUCUACUCGUCCAGAUCAGCCCCAAAGAGUGUCUGCUGGCUCAGGGAGAAUGCAGCGCUGAGGGGAACAAGCUCCGGGAGGUGGUGCAACGUGGCGGCGUUCUGGUCUCUGACAGGAAGAGAGCAGAGUUCAGCAGCAAGGACAUCGUCCAGGAUCUCAACAGGCUACUGCGAUCUAAGAGAGGAGAGACGGUGGCGAGCAACACGCUGCCUGAACUGGACAAGCAGGUGGCCAUGUCAUGUUUGGCUGCUGUGGUUCGAUUCCUCGAACUUCUCUCCGAUGACUCGAACUUCAACUCUUUCAGCCUCACAACGCUGGGGCUGGGGCAGUACAUGAGGCUGGACAACGCCGCCGUCAGGGCUCUCAACCUCUUCCAGGGUUCGCCUGACGACACCAGUGGAGCUCAUUCAUUGGCCGGUUUGUUGAACAAGUGCCGCACUCCGCAGGGUCAGCGGCUGGUCAACCAGUGGAUCAAACAACCACUUAUGGACAAAACCAAAAUAGAGGAAAGACUGGACCUUGUGGAGAGUUUUGUGUGCGACUCGGAGCUGAGGCAGACUUGUCAGGAGGAUCUGCUGCGACGCUUUCCAGAUCUCCACCGCCUUGCCAAAAAGUUUCACCGUCACACAGCGACGCUGCAAGACUGUUACCGCGUCUACCAGGCCGUGAGUCACAUCCCCGCUCUGAUCACGGCUCUGGAGAGCUACUCAGGCAGCUACAAGGUGUUGCUGCACGCGGUGUUCACCUCGCCUCUCACUGACCUGCAGACGGAUUUCAUCAAGUACCAGGAGAUGAUUGAAACCACUCUGGACGUGAAUCAGGUCGAACACCAUGAGUUCCUGGUGAAGGCGUCGUUCGAUCCCGCUUUGAGUGAGCUCAGGGAGAAGAUGGACGCCCUGGAGAAAAGCAUGCAGGCUGUGCUGAGCAGUGCAGCCAGAGAACUAGGUCUGGAAGCCGGUAAGACGGUGAAGCUGGAGUCCAACGCUGUUCUGGGCUUCUACCUGCGGGUCACAUGCAAGGAGGAGAAGAGUCUGAGGAACAACAAGAAGUUCACCACGCUGGAUGUUCAGAAGAACGGCGUUCGCUUCACAAACAGCAAGCUGAGCUCUCUGAACGAGGAGUACACCAGGAACAGGGAAGAGUACGAGGAGGCCCAGAACGCCAUUGUCAAAGAGAUCAUCAACAUCGCCUCAGGUUACGUGGAUCCCCUUCAGACGCUGAGUGACGUCAUCGCGCAGCUCGACGCGGUGGCGAGCUUCGCCGUGGCGUCGGUGUCCGCUCCGGUUCCGUACGUCCGGCCCCGACUGCUGGACGACGGCCGCAGGCGUCUGGAGCUGCUGCAGGCCAGACAUCCCUGCAUGGAGACGGACGCGGACACCGCCUUCAUACCCAACGACAUCAGCUUCGUCCAGGGGGAGAAGAGCUUCUAUAUUAUAACAGGACCAAACAUGGGAGGGAAGUCCACAUUUAUCCGUCAGGUGGGUCUGAUCGCGCUGAUGGCUCAGAUCGGCUGCUUCGUGCCGUGCGAGAAGGCUGAGCUCAGCGUGAUCGACAGCGUUCUGGCCCGAGUGGGAGCAGGAGACAGCCAGGUGAAGGGAGUGUCCACCUUCAUGUCUGAGAUGUUGGAAACUGCUGCCAUCCUCCGCUCUGCCACGGAAAACUCGCUCAUCAUCAUCGAUGAGCUCGGCAGGGGAACCUCUACGUACGACGGCUUCGGGCUGGCCUGGGCCAUCAGUGAACACAUCUCCUCCAAAAUCAACUGUUUCUGCCUCUUCGCCACGCACUUCCACGAGCUGACGGCCUUGGCGGCACAGCAGCCGGCCGUCCACAACCUGCACGUCACCGCCCUGACGACCCACAACACGCUCACAAUGCUGUACCGAGUCAAACCAGGUGUGUGCGACCAGAGUUUUGGGAUCCACGUCGCUGAGCUGGCCUGCUUCCCCCUGUCGGUGCUGGCCGUGGCGAGGGAGAAGGCAGAGGAGCUAGAGGAGUUCCAGGAACCUGUGGGGGACGAUUCGAAGCGGGACGAAGAGCCCGAGGUCAAGAGACGGCGGACAGAUAAGCAAGUGGGAGAAAAGCUGAUCCAGGACUUCCUGGAGAAGGUGAAGGCACUUCCCGUCGUCACCAUGACUGAGGAGGAGGUGAAGGCAGAGCUCAGGAGAAUAAAGCAGGACUUGGUGGCCAAAAAUAACACGUACAUCAGUGAGAUACUUGCCCGCUGCGCUCCUGUAAAAACUGCCUGACUUUUACAUUUUUUUCUCUAAAUGCUCAUGUUCACCUAAAGCUCAUGUAGGAAUAGAGUUGAGAUUAGAGUGCCUAUAAUCUAUAAGUUUUUCAAUAAAGAAUUUCUCUUAAUUUGCUUUCCACCAACAUCUGUACAUGUUUCUUUGAAUUUGAAGCAGAUUUUUGAUUCAAAGAAAGAAAAGCAGAACUUUGUGUGGUUAAGAUGUUGCAUCGCCUGACCUGAUUGUUGCUGCAUGAGCUCGUCUUCAUCUGAUCUGGGUUUCCAAGAAGCCAAGCGUCACAUAGGGCAGAUAAGGAAUAGGCAUGUCUGAAGGCUUGCCACCGUCAUCUGGUGGCUGUGAACAUUUUUCAUGUAUAGGUCUUUGGUGUCAGUGUUUCCUCUGUUGAUAGCAUUCAGUAAAACUGCAGCACGAGUUUUAUGCAUGUGGAAUUGAGAUUUCCCCCAGAGAACCUAAAGAGAUCUGAUUUCAUGCGGAGGACAGACAUGGCUUAGUUUCUUCGACAUACCCUUGGUGAGAAGAUACAAGCGAAGGUUAUGUUUGAGCUGACCUCAUUUUGACAGAAUGUGUUUAUUCACAAAAACCUUAAGCAUUAUAUCUAUUUUUUUUUUCCCCCUUAAAUGGUCCUCCAUUCUCAAAGCAGAGGCGUUGGCAAGCCAGUUUGUCAUAUAAUCUGUUAUAUUCACAUGCUAAAAAUUGAAACUGACUCAGAUACAAUUUGAUCCACAACUAUGUGGAGUGUUAGGUUUUAGCAUUUAUUGUAUUUAUUAAGAUAGUCCAGGUGCAGGUCAAAUGCAAGUUCAAUUUGUACAUCAAUCCAGUUUCUUUGAUAUGUGUGUGGGGGGAUGGAGGGGGAUGCAGGUGUGUGUGUAUUAGAGAGUUUGUGUAUGGCCUUUGAACUUUUUUUCCCUGGUGCUUAAAUGCUUUUAUAAUGCACGGGUCAAAAAUCCUUGUACCCUAGUGGUGUGCAGCCCACAUGGGCAAAGUAUCACUUUUUCUAAUGAUGGGGUCAAUUUAGGAAGUCAUAAAAUUUCAAGCCGGAAAAAGAUAGUUUACGGUAUUUUUUCUACAGGUAAACAUGGUAAUGGGUCACUUUUGACCCGCAAGACAACACAAGGGUUAACUAAAAUGUGUCAGAAAAGAGGAGACGGUGCGCUUUGUAGACAAUAUUGAGUUAUUACAGUAAUUUCACCCCCACAGUAGCAGGGGAGCUGAGGGGCGCUCUUUUAAUGGACAGUAAAUAAAGAAAAUUAUUUCCUAGAUAUUGAAAGUUCCAGUUAUUGAUAAAUGGGCAAAUAUAUUUACUCCGAAGACAUUUAAAUAACUACAUACAAUUAAAAUAAGUAAAAAAAAUAUUCAGGCAGAAAUUUUAAAUUUAGGUAAUAAAAUGCUAAAGAAAAAAGCAAUGAUUUUGCUAAAUCAUCUCCAUUUGUUUAUUAUAACUCACCUAAAACAGGAGAGAUUUUGUUUCGUUUAAGUUCAGAUUGGCUGUAGCAAAUGUUGAGGGGAGAAACCUUCUCUGCAUCUUCUUUGUACCAAUCUAGAUGAGGAAGCCACAAACCGACAGCUUCUGAGAAUGAUGAGUUUUGGGUUUUCAUGGCACAUUUUGUUUUGCCACCAGGGAAUAAUUCCCAUGGGUGUAAAUCUCUGCGUUGUGCCGCUCUGGAGCAGGUCUCUGUGUCAAAGCAAGCAUGUUCAGCUGAUGGACAUUUCCAAGAAGCUGGUCAGAAUUCAAAUUCUGUCUGGAAUAAUGAGGCGUGAUGGCGACCCUGUCGGUGGUGGUCGCCGCCAUCGUUCUCUGGUCCCAUCGACUCAUUCCCGUCACGCUUUUCCAGUAUCAACCUUGUGUUCUGCAUUGUUUCCACUGUUAGUCAAGUUUCAUAAAUUAUAACACGAGUUUCACUGCGUGUAAUUGAAGUUACACCCCAAAGACCUGUGACUCGAUACGGUUUAGUUCCACCUGUAAAGCACAUAAAGAAAGCAAACUACAAUG